AUGCUGGCUCUGGCCCUACCAACUCGUAACCUUUCGCUCCGAUUCCAAGGUUCCGGCGUGGUGCUCGGCUGUUUGGUCACACUUCAUCCGUUCCCCGUCCAAAUUCUCUACUGCAUAUUUGUGAUAUGUUGUGCUGAUCUGCUUGUUCUUUGUGAUUUAUCGCUUCUCGUACAUUUUCAAAUCUCAAAACAAUGGAUUUUUGGCGAAACGAUUUGCAAGGUAAGCGAGAUGUUUUACUGUGUCGAAGUGCUCAACAAAUUUCUCAUCCCUCUCGCCUUAGUGCACAUCAGUCGAGCGUCAUACAAAUCAGUGAGUAUGCAGGAUAAUUUGAAAGAUCGGCCUCGUGCAUGCAUGAUUACAGCAAAUAUUCUUGCAGCUGCUACCGUGCUCAUGCUGAUGGUAUUCGUGGGGUAUUUCUCCAACACGAAUGCCUAUUGGGUGCGUGAUAAGCCGAUGACGGUGUGUAAUUUUAAUCCACCGCCAUAUUACGAAACAGCGUUCAAUUUGAUUGCAUUCGUUGUGGGUUACAUCAUGACCAGUGUCGGGUAUGUCUACUUUUACGCCAAUGUGCCGAUUCUUCUGAAACGACGCUAUUCGACAAACGUGACAGGCGAUGAUGGCCCAGACGGGCAUGAUUCAAGGAUGGAUGCGUCUUGCAACAAUACAGAAAGUGAGCACAUCCACAGAAAUCACCGACUGCCAUGA